AAUUGUGUGUGAAAUGGGGCAAGCUGAGCCUGACAUUAGCUCCGGUCCUGCACUCCUCUGUAUUGGAGAAUGCAAGUCAGAAUUUGUGGCCAAGUCUGCACAGCAUUACACAUUUGUGAAUCCUGCUGUGAGUUAUUUGAGUCCCAGCCGUGGACCAGAGUCAGGAGGGACUAUGGUGACCAUUACUGGCCAUUUUCUGGGAGCUGGCAGCAGUGUGUCGGUAUUGCUGGGUAAUCAGACCUGCGAGUUUUAUGGGAGGUCAAUUAAUGAGAUUAUGUGUGUUUCUGCACCCUCUACCCAUGGUCUUGGACCAGUGCAUGUUUCAGUCAGUGUGGAUCGGGCCCAGCUAGACAGCAUGUUGCAAUUUGAAUACAUUGAUGACCCAAAAGUUCAGCGGAUUGAGCCUGAAUGGAGCAUAGCCAGUGGCCACACGCCUCUCACUGUCACAGGGUCCAACCUGGAUGUUAUACAAGAGCCCAGAAUCCGAGUUAAGUACAAUGGCAAAGAAUCUGUCAAUGUUUGUAAAGUUGUGAAUACUACCACCCUCACUUGCCUCGCUCCUUCACUUACACCACAGUACCGACCAGGUUUGGAUGCUGUUGAACGACCUGAUGAAAUUGGAUUCAUCUUUAACAAUGUUCAAUCCUUGUUGAUUUAUAAUGACACCAAAUUUAUUUAUUAUCCAAACCCUACCUUUGAACUUCUGAGUGCCACUGGCAUCUUGGACCAAAAGCCAGGAUCACCCAUUAUCCUGAAGGGUAAAAAUCUGUGCCCACCUGCUUCUGGUGGAGCAAAACUGAAUUAUACUGUUCUGAUUGGAGAAACUCCCUGCACUGUCACCGUCUCUGAAACACAGUUACUUUGUGAGCCUCCAAAUCUCACCGGGCAACACAAAGUUAUGGUGCAUGUAGGUGGCAUCAUCUUCUCACCUGGCUCAGUGAAUGUGAUCUCAGACAGCCUGCUGACUUUGCCAGCUAUUGUCAGUAUUGCAGCAGGAGGCAGUCUUCUUCUCAUCAUAGUCAUCAUUGUCCUCAUUGCCUACAAGCGCAAGUCUCGUGAAAAUGACCUCACUCUCAAGAGACUUCAGAUGCAGAUGGACAACCUAGAGUCUCGAGUAGCCCUUGAAUGCAAAGAAGCUUUUGCAGAGCUUCAGACAGACAUCAAUGAGUUAACCAGUGACCUGGACCGCUCAGGGAUCCCGUAUCUUGAUUAUCGCACAUAUGCCAUGAGAGUCCUCUUCCCUGGCAUUGAAGAUCACCCUGUCCUGCGUGAACUAGAGGUUCAAGGGAAUGGACAGCAGAAUGUUGAAAAAGCCCUGAAGCUCUUUGCCCAGCUACUCAACAAUAAGGUCUUUUUGUUGACAUUUAUCCGUACCCUGGAAUUACAGAGAAGUUUCUCCAUGCGUGACCGUGGCAAUGUGGCUUCCCUCAUCAUGACAGGACUUCAGGGAAAGCUAGAAUAUGCCACUGAUGUCCUGAAGCAGUUGCUGUCUGACCUGAUUGAGAAGAACCUGGAGAACAAAAACCACCCCAAGCUGCUCCUGCGCAGGACGGAGUCUGUAGCUGAGAAGAUGCUGACUAAUUGGUUUGCUUUCUUACUCCACAAAUUCCUAAAGGAAUGUGCUGGAGAACCACUUUUCAUGUUGUACUGCGCCAUCAAGCAACAGAUGGAGAAAGGCCCAAUUGAUGCUAUUACGGGAGAAGCACGUUAUUCUCUGAGUGAGGACAAGCUGAUCAGGCAGCAGAUUGAGUAUAAAACACUAAUCUUAAAUUGUGUGAAUCCUGAUAAUGAAAAUAGUCCUGAGAUUCCUGUGAAGGUGCUGAACUGUGAUACUAUCACACAAGUCAAGGAGAAGAUUCUUGAUGCAGUAUAUAAAAAUGUCCCAUACUCACAAAGGCCACGAGCUGUUGACAUGGACUUGGAGUGGCGCCAAGGCCGAAUAGCACGUGUAGUACUUCAGGAUGAAGACAUCACAACCAAGAUUGAGGGUGACUGGAAGCGGUUAAACACAUUGAUUCAUUAUCAGGUCUCUGAUCGCUCUGUGGUUGCCCUUGUUCCUAAACAGACUUCUUCUUAUAAUAUUCCUGCUUCUGCCAGCAUAUCGCGGACCUCAAUUAGCAGAUAUGAUUCCACAUUUCGGUACACAGGUAGCCCAGAUAGUCUUCGUUCAAGGGCACCCAUGAUUACUCCUGACCUAGAAAGUGGAGUGAAAGUCUGGCAUUUAGUCAAAAACCAUGACCAUGGUGACCAGAAGGAAGGUGAUCGGGGAAGUAAGAUGGUAUCAGAGAUCUACUUGACACGGCUGCUAGCCACAAAGGGUACGCUGCAAAAGUUUGUGGAUGACCUGUUCGAGACUUUGUUCAGUACUGUGCAUCGAGGCAGCGCUCUCCCACUGGCUAUCAAAUAUAUGUUUGAUUUCCUAGAUGAGCAAGCAGAUAAGCAUAGCAUCCACGAUACUGAUGUGAGGCAUACCUGGAAGAGCAACUGUCUUCCUCUUCGCUUCUGGGUGAACGUAAUUAAAAAUCCACAGUUCGUCUUUGACAUCCACAAGGGAAGCAUCACCGAUGCCUGCCUCUCAGUUGUAGCCCAGACAUUUAUGGAUUCAUGUUCCACCUCAGAGCAUCGUCUGGGCAAGGAUUCCCCCUCUAAUAAGCUGCUGUAUGCCAAGGAUAUACCCAGCUAUAAAAGCUGGGUAGAAAGGUAUUAUGCAGAUAUUGCAAAACUCCCAGCCAUCAGUGACCAGGACAUGAAUGCCUACCUCGCAGAACAGUCACGUCUGCACUAUGUUGAUUUCAACAUGCUGAGCGCACUCAAUGAAAUAUACUCCUAUGUCAGCAAAUACAGCGAGGAGAUCAUUGGGGCUCUGGAGCAGGAUGAGCAGGCGCGCCGGCAGCGCUUGGCAUACAAAGUAGAGCAGCUCAUUGGUGCCAUGUCUAUGGAGAGCUGAAGAAAGGAGCAGGAACUCCUAGAAAAAACAUAAGGAGUGAUUGCAAAGACUUUGGGGAAUUAAGAAGGAAACUGGCAAGGAGGCCACCAAGAACAUAUCUGAACUACUGUGUGAACCUCCAGAAAGAAGCAAACAUUGCCCCAGAUUCUUAGCUCAAAACUCACAAAAUUCCAGUUGAAAGGAUGAAGGAAAACAACAGCAACUGUGCAUCUCAAGUAUCAGUUGGAUUUAUCAAGAAAUUCAGCUACUCAAGCUGUAACCUUGAAGGUCCUUGGAAGCUGAGGCUUCUCCAUGACUGCUGCUUUGCAUGAAAGUUGUUUGAUGUAUAUUAAGAGAUAACGAAAACACUAUUUAAAAAUUUUUUUAAGAAAAAGAAAAGAGAAGAAAAAAGUAAAGGUAACAAAAACACAGUGGCCACAUCUUGUUGAAGAUUCCACUGCACAUUGCCCCUCCCAUCAUAUGAGACCUCGUUGUUCAUGGCUCAGAUGGAUGGUUUGCAAGUAGAUUCUUGUACCUUAGGGAAUGUUUUAAAAAAAACUCCAUUAUUCCUCUGCCUGGGAACUUAAAAAAUAUCCCCACGAGCACAAAUUUGCACCAAACCUUUUAAAUAGUGCAGUUGGGAAGGAAAGCCCAGCGUUCAGUAUCUGCAAGAGUCAUUUAGCAGGAAUGUAUGUGAGUGGAAAAGCCAUCUGGUCAUUCAACUCAUCUGUGCUGAAAUCCAGCUUCAACUAUGUAUUUAUAGAGUACUGAUAUUUUUUUAAUACUCCUUAUUUACCUACCAUUGAAGGGACACUAUGAUUUUAUGAAAGUCCUUCAUUCCUCUUCUACUUUGACACAAGAUCCCCCUCACUGAAAUGAUUCCUUCCUGUUUUUAUGUAUCUGACAGCUGUGUUCCUAAGGAAUGUCUGGUCCUUUUGAAGCUAAGAAAGUUGUGAUGGUUUAAAAUGAAACUGGUGCAUUAUGCACUUUUGUAGGUGCAAUUCAUAUAAAAACUGAUUGGCUUUCUUAGUUGCUUAGAGUGUUGACUGAUCAGUUAGCUUUUGGGUUGUUUGUUUUUCCUUGUCACUGCGUGAUUUCUUGCGGUUAAAAAAAGUGUUUACAGCAAGCAGUACUUGAACAGUGUAGACCUAGUGAGGUGACAUAUUUAUUGCUUUCCUGCUUUGAAUUCACUUAUGCAAUCAGAACAAAUGGCAUUUACAUUUUUCUCACACCAUAUGAAAGGUCAUGCAGAGGUCAAGCAUAAGACUUCAAUGUCUCCUGGGAGAGGGAAGUGAGGGGGACCUUCUCUCUGGACAAAAGGAAAUGGCACACUCUACAUGCUGGCUAAUUACUGUAGUCUUGUCUGUGUCCAUGUGUCUUGUCUCAGAUUAGGUUUUUUAAUUGACCCUAGCAGUCCAUUGCUAAGUGAUCAGUAGAUGGCUGAUGAUGUCUGUGAGUUGUUGUUGCUCUUUACAAAAAAAAUUAAACAACAAAAAAAAAAACCAAAGUCCUUUAAAGAGUGCUAAUAGCAGGUGGGCUGCUGUAAACAUUUCUCUCUGUAAUAAAUAUUGACAUUUG